UUAUCGCUGCGAUAACCAAACAAAUUCCAGCGUUUAAAGUGCGCAAACAUAAACACUUGUUGAUCCAUAUGUAAAUCGGUAUAUGCCAUACGAAUGUUAUAAAUUGGACCCCCAGCAAUUUAUGGAGCGCAGUUAGUGCACAAAAUAUACGAAAUGCUAAUGUGGCAACUUAUUAUUCUAGCCACCUUGGCUUGCUGUGCGGCUCUGCAUAUAACUGGAGUCCCGCUGGACUUCACUUCAAGCGAUGCGGUGCUCUCAGGAAUUUCAGAUAAUAUUGCGCAGAAGUUUACGGAUGAGUACAUACGAUACUUAAAGACGGGUCAAGAGUCCGCUACACUACAACAAAUCUCCGCACAACUAGCAGAGAUGCAUAGCAAAAAGGAUCUCUUCACAAAGCAGUUGGACGAGUUGUCUAUGGCUGAUCAGUUUGUCGCUUGCACCACCUGUCGUGCCACGGUUAAUGUUAUGGCGCGUAUGUUCCGUGACGAAGAUGGCGAAUUUGCUGGCAAUGAAAACGAUGAAUAUCUAAAAGAGAUUGCUAUGGGUGUGUGCGAACGGUUAAAUUUACAAACACCUGAAGUUUGUUCGGGCUUAAUAGACUUCUACAUACCCAGUGUUAAGUACAUUGUACAGCAUUCAAAAGCGGAUGCACGUACCUUCUGCUCACUCUUCAUGGAGUUCAAUUUCUGUAAUGUGAAAGAUGCCGACUACAAUUGGACGCUCACAGUUGAUGCCGGUGGUGCGGCUGUUACGGGACCGAAAUCAGAUUUGCCCACCAAGCGUGGAGAUGAAUUGAAAGUCUUGCAUUUAACCGAUAUUCACUAUGAUCCGCUGUAUGUGCCUGGCGCUUUGGCCGAGUGCGAUGAACCACAGUGUUGUCAGCGUCACGUUAGCACUACGACGAGCGACAAAGCGGCGGGUUAUUGGGGUGAUUACCGUGAUUGUGAUGCACCUUGGCAUAUGAUUGACGAUGCAUUCAGUCAUAUCAAGCAGACACAUACACAACUCGAUUACAUAUAUCAAACCGGUGAUGUUGUGGAUCACAUGGUUUGGAGCACUUCCGUUGAGAAGAAUCGUGAUAUUUUGAAGAAGGUUAAUAAUCGUUUAGCUGAGGUCUUCCCAGGUGUACCAAUAUAUCCGUGUAUUGGCAACCACGAACCACAUCCAUUAAAUCUUUUCAGUCCAGAUGAUGUACCGCAAAAGGUCAACACCGGUUGGUUAUAUGAGCAUUUAUAUAAUGACUGGUCUGCUUGGCUGCCGGCUGAUACCAAGGACACCAUACUGAAGGGCGGUUACUAUACAGUUUCACCCAAAGCCGGUUUCCGUGUGAUUGCGUUGAACAAUAACGAUUGCUUUAGCGAGAAUUGGUGGUUAUUCUACGAGGGUACAAAUAAGAUACCACAGCUUCAGUGGCUGCAUGAUACCUUGUUAGCUGCUGAGAAGGCCGGUGAAUAUGUACACAUACUGGCGCACAUUCCCUCAGGAGAUGGCACUUGUUGGUCCGUAUGGGCGCGUGAGUUCAAUAGAUUAGUGGAACGCUACAGGAACACAAUUAGUGGCAUCUUCAAUGGACAUUCGCACAAGGACGAAAUGCAUUUGCAUUACGCCACCAAUGGACAUGCGGUUGGUGUUGCUUGGAAUGGUGGCGCACUUACUACUUCAUCGGUUAAAAAUCCAAAUUACCGCAUAUAUUAUAUGGAGUCAAAUAGCAUGCAAGUCGUUGAUAGCGAAACUUGGAUGUUCAAUUUGACGGCUGCCAAUAUCCAUGGGGAUUCUAAGACACCCGAUUGGUUCAAAGCAUAUGAAUUCUCAGCAGCAUUCACUACAGAUUUGAGUCCAGCUGGUCUCGAUAAACUGCUGGAUGAUAUGGCUGAAAAUGCCAAUUUAUUGCGAAAGUUUUGGCGUUAUAAAGUCACAGCAGCUGAUCCACAAUUAAAAACUGGUUGCGAUCGCGAAUGUCUGCUUCGUACGAUCUGUCGCAUUGCCACGACUGUGAACAACCAAAAGGCACGCUGCGAUCAGUUGAAGGCAAAACUGAGUAAAGCUUUGGAUGAGGAGACCACAACUUCAAGCUCCACAUCUAAGCCUACAACUUUACCAACUGAAGCAACCACAGCAGAUAGCGGUAAUACAACUGAAAAACCUGAAGGGGAUGGUGCGGCGUCGUUGAGUUCUCCGUUGAUCAAUUUAAUUUUAGCUAUUGUUAUGUUUGGUAUUUUAAUAAAAAUGUAAAAAUUAUCUUUGAGU